UGUAGAAUCCUGGGAGAUUAUCAACUUGGCGGACAUUUUGUGAUGAACAGUUCCUUCAACUCGUAAAUUUUUCGUUUUCAAGCAGCUGGAAACAUGUCAGAGAACUAUGAUUUCCUAUUUAAGUUUUUGGUGAUCGGCAGCGCUGGAACAGGAAAGUCAUGCAUUCUGCAUCAAUUUAUAGAAGGGAAAUUUAAACAAGACUCCAGCCAUACUAUUGGUGUGGAAUUCGGCUCCAAGGUCGUCAAUGUUGGUGGCAAGUCUGUUAACUUGCAAAUUUGGGAUACAGCUGGACAGGAGAGAUUCAGGUCUGUGACAAGGAGUUACUACAGAGGGGCAGCAGGAGCUCUUCUGGUUUAUGACAUUUCAAGCCGUGAAACCUACAACUCCCUCACCAACUGGUUGACAGAUGCCAGAACCCUUGCCAGUCCAAACAUUGUCAUUAUUCUCAUUGGAAACAAGAAAGAUCUGGAUAGUGACAGAGAAGUCACAUUUCUGGAAGCCAGCAGAUUUGCACAAGAGAAUGAGUUAAUGUUCCUGGAGACAAGUGCUCUUACAGGAGAAAAUGUUGAUGAGGCCUUUUUAAAGUGCUCAAGAACCAUCCUAAGUAAAAUUGAAACUGGUGAACUGGACCCGGACAGGAUGGGGUCGGGAAUUCAGUACGGAGAUCCAUCACUCCGAAGAUCUAUACGGCCUGGAAGACAGGAAGAACGGCAGAAAUGUGCAUGCUAAUCUCAGUCUCAACCCAAUCUUACCACAAUAGUAAAAAGACUUUGUUGUGCUUGGAUAUUUAGUUGAACAGAAAACUUUUGUGAUUUACUAAAAGUGAUGUAUGAUAGACUUGUAAUUGCUGUGGGUGUGCACAUCUAGGGGGCCAUUGUCUUUAAAAGCUUGAUAAAUAAUCCUGCAUGGUGAAUACAACUUAACUUACAACAAACAUGAUAUUGAACAAUCCUUUGCUCUUGAGUAAAGAUGGUUUAGUGAUUCCUUGUAAACUUUUUGUAGAACAAUGUCAAUACAGCCCCAGCUGCCAAUAAGUUUUAGAGUCACAGUAGAUCUACAUUUACUGGGACUGGUGCCACCAGGUCAAUGAAAACCAGUCUGAGGAACUGAAACAAACGAUUCGGACAUUUUUAGAUGCAACUAAUCAAAUGGACAUCAAUGCGCUGACUAGUGAUGUUUGCUUGACUGUUAUGUGAUCUCGUUUGUCUUUCAUUGUAGCCUGCAGGGUGCAAGAGUUUAUACUGAAGAACAUGCUGUAAUCAGUUGCUACUCGGCAUUGGCUGAACAACACAAUAAGUUCAUGCAGAGUUUAAAUUGUUGCAUACAAACCCUUUAUUCUCUAAUAUCACUAAUCAUAUUCCUCAUACUGUUCUCUGGAGGUUUUAAAGAGAAUUUGUUUAGCAAUCAUAGGCUUUUUUUGCUGACAAUCAUUUCAUUAAGUCUUGGUUAAUUGUAUGUUUGAUUCAGGGGUAUUAGGAAUACUCUAAGAAGUAAUUGGAUACCAGUCACUUGUAGGGGUUUAAGUAAGAUCAAAAGCCUGUAAAUUAGCCUUUUUGUUUUCUGAUUGUCUGAGUGAUCUUAGCCUGGUUUUGGUACAUGCACUGCAAAAUUGACAUUUAGAGAACUUUUCAAGUGUCUUUGUUACAAAUGUUUGGAAGUUUUUAAAGUUUUCAUCAAUUAUUAGCCUGAACAAGAAAUCAAACAAUGCUUGUUUGUCACACCUCAGACAUAUUCACUUGACAUUCUUAAAUAGGUUACUGUUUUUGAUUUUUUCAAGGAUCGUCUCAUAGUUUUGCAAGACUUGUCAAGCUGUUUCAGCCUUGAUUGUUAAAUUGUCAAUGUCAUGCUACACUGUGUACUAUUUAUUCAAAUAGGACUUCAUUUUUUAAACAUUUUAGUCUGUGUAGUGACUUUCUAAUUUAGAAACAAUGUGGAGAGAAAAAAUUAAUAAUUGCCAUCAUAAGGAUGUACCUGAUUUGGUGUGAACAUGGGUCAAAUUCUUCAGUCAAAUUUGGCUUUGCUAAAUAUGCUACCACUAAUUAUUAUUUUGUUGUUAAUUUUCUUGCACCAAAAUAAGGGGUAGUAUAUAAGACUUUGUUUGAUUUUAGUGCCUCUUUCCUUUUUUCUUUUUGUUGGGAACUCAAGACACAUUUACACCAGUUACAGUUACAGACUGUGAUAGAGAAGGAAAAAAAACAUUGUUAUGUACAUUGGUAAGGUCCUUGUAAAAGUAUUUCGGUUAUAGCUAACACAGUGACCACAGAAUUUAUAAAAAUUAGUGGAGACCAGAAUGAAAUACAUAAAAUAAAGAAAACUUCCUUCA